AUGUUCUUUUUGAAACAACUUUCGCAUACCAUCAAUCUACAUCCACAGUUCUUUGGACCACAAAUCCGAGCUUUUCUCACUCGCCGACUCUACGAAGAAGUCGAAGGCAUUUGCUCAGGACAGUUUGGUUACAUUAUUUCUGUAGUGGAUAUUGUCGACGUUGGCAAAGGAGUCUUGCAAAGCAAUACUGGAUUUGCCCAAUUCGAAAUCUUGUACAAAGCUAUUGUAUUUAAACCGUUCAAGAACCAAGUCGUCGAUGGGCUCGUUACUACCGUGAAUAAGAUUGGGUUUUGGGCAGAUGUUGGACCAUUACAAGUUUUUGUAUCUAGCCAUCUGAUUCCAGGAUAUCUCAAAUUCGAUGCAAAUGCAAACCCUCCAGCAUAUGUAGGCGAAGGUCAGGAGUUUGGAGAGGCUGCAUUACGGGUGGAAAAAGGAGCAGUUGUCCGACUUCGUAUUGUUGGCACAAGAGUGGAUGCGACCGAAAUUUUUGCAAUUGGUACCAUCAAGGAAGACUUUUUGGGACCUGCGCAAUCGGCACAAUAA